CUUAUCAGUAUCGUCAUUCCCUGUCAUCACAAUCGACCGAGGUGUGGGCUCAUCCUAUUAUUGUGAUCGAUGUUCGGAGGAUUUGGGGGCGAGCGCAGUGCUACUGUGAUUCCGAGGCCUACGGUUUUUGAGAACGGCUGAGGACAAUGCACGUCUAAUAUGUUGGGAAGACUACGACUACAUACGAAAAGUGACGGUCCCGACAUGACGAGCUGAGAACGUGAAAAUUUGAGGAAGCACGCACAAUCCAAGCUACCCACCAUGUACGCCGCCGCCGCCCUAAUUUCGCUCCUUGCCUUUGCGACGAGCAUCUCUGCAGCUCCUAUACCCACGCAAGCGGUAGCUCGAGCUGUGCUUGAUAUCAGUGAAGUCGCCCGAAAUCCGGCACCUAUCGAUAACAGAGUUCAUUGGAAAGACGGAAAACCUUCGCUUGAUGACACUGAGAAUGUCUCAUGGGAGGACCUUAAAAAACUUAAAGAGCUCAUACACCGUUUAUCGGGGGAAAGUGAAGUCUCAAAUACUGGCACCAUUGGGGAAGUCGAGACUUCUAUGAAAGACCAUUUCAAGUUUCAUUCAUGAUGCUUGAUUCACAUGGGCAACAUUGCGGAAAGAAUUUCAAGUAUUUUUUCCACGCGCCGCACAUCAAGUAGCUUGCAUCCAGGACAUAAGCCACAAGCACAAUAUGCUGUAAAACAUGCUCCUUAAUCACCGAGUUAAGAGAAGAGAAACAGUUGUAUCUG